CUGGAGUCAGGCGUGCGUGUUUCUGCGUCAGCGCGCGUGCUCUGUUGGCUUCUGGCCGUUUGUGCGCGUGCUCCGUUCAGGUUGCUAUAUUGUAGGUGAUGAUGGCGGAAGAGGAGCAGCUUUGAGUUCUCUCGCAUUUUUUAUUUUAACAUAAUAUAGCUUUCAUAAAUAUAUUUCCCGUCCUCCGUCUCCUUAACCGGGGCAAUGGGGAACGAAGCCAGCCUGGAGGGAGGUGGACAACCUGGGGAACCAGGCUCCGCGGUCUCUACGGCGGGAGCUUCGGGAUCCAUUUCAGCACCAUCGGGCUCUGGACAGCUCAUCAAGCCCAGUAAUGGUGCUGCAGCCGGCGGAGGAGCGGCGGCUGGACCGGGAGCAGGCAUAAACAGGCUUGCAGGGAGACCCCACCAGACUGACCACGUGCCCGGGCCCCGGCCUGGGACGCAGCCGGGAUAUGGUGACAGCAGAGCGGGGGGAGGGAGCCGGACGGAGCCUUACAGACUGGCCACCCACGAAAGCCCCCACCAGUCGCCCUCGCCCUCGCCCUCACCCUCGCCCGCCCAGGGACGGGGCCAGCAUGCUGCCCGGCGCAACCUCCAGGUGGACGUCGGCGGCGGGAGGACGGGGAGGUCGCCUUCCGCGUCGCCCGACCGAGGGAGCGCCCCCUCCUCGCCAUACUCAGUGCCCCAGAUUGCCCCCAUGCCCAGCAGCAAGCUGUGCCCGGUGUGCAACACCACGGAGCUGACCUCCCACGACCAGCCAAACUUCAACACCUGUACGCAGUGCCAUGCCACGGUGUGCAACCAGUGCGGGUUCAACCCCAACCCCCACCUCACUGAGGUCCAGGAGUGGCUGUGCCUGAACUGCCAGAUGCAGAGAGCCUUAGGAAUGGACAUGACGACUCCACGCUCCAAGAGUCAGCAGCAGAUCCACUCUCCUUCUCACCAAGCCAAACCAGAGCCCCAGCUCCAGCCCAAGCCCCAGGUCCAGCCGCAACCGCAGCCCAAACUCCAGCCUCAGUCUCAGCCCCAGCCAAAACCCCAACCCCAGAAACAACCCCAAGAGCAGCCCCUGGCCAAAGCUCAAGCCAAGACCCAGCCCCACUCACAGGCCUACCCCCAGUCCCAGCCUCAGGCCUACCCGCAGUCCCAGCCUCAGGCCUACCCCCAGUCCCAGCCUCAGGCCUACCCGCAGUCCCAGCCUCAGGCCUUCCCGCAGUCCCAGCCUCAGGCCUUCCCCCAGUCCCAGCCUCAGUCCUACCCGCAGUCCCAGCCUCAGGCUUUCCCCCAGUCCCAGCCUUCCCCAGUCCUGCACAGACACACCGGGCCAGCCCCUGCCUCCCAGCCAGGGCCCCAUGGCGUGCCCGCAUCUCAGCACACCAGGCCCGACCCCCAAGCCUAUCGGGGGCCGGCCAGUCAGUCACAGGCGCCCGGCAGGCAGGACCCCAUGGCCAGAGGCCCGAUCCAGGGAAUGGCCAAGGCGCCGUCCCAACCGGACCUGUCCCGCUCCUCUCCCCUGCAUCAGCCGAGCCGCCAGGACCAGAUCCGCAGCGCCGGGAGCUCCCCCGCCAGGCAGCCGGCCCCGCCCCAGGAGCAGCCGCAGGAUGGCCUGACUAAGCUGUUUGGUUUCGGGGCGUCGCUCCUAAACCAGGCCAGCACCCUCAUUUCGGCGGACCCCGCGCAGGGCGCGCAGCCUCAGCAGCCCCCUGCCCGGGGGGCCCCGAAAGUGGUUUUCAGCGACGCCACCUCGUCAGGCAAACCCCAGGGCCCUGCCGCUGCGCCCGGGGUGGUCCCAGGCAAGCCGGGGGGAGCCCCGUUCCAUGCGGGGCCGCACGCUCCGCCUCAGCAGCAGCCCGCGGCCCAUCAGCAGCCGCCGCACAAGCAGCAGCCCCCGCAGCAGCAGCCACAGGCCAGGCGCGAACCCGCCCACAAGCCCCCGGAGCCAGAGAAGCCCAAGGUCAACUGUCCGCUGUGCAAGACUGAGCUGAACAUCGGCAGCACGCAGCCUCCCAACUACAAUUCCUGUACACAGUGCCACACCCAGGUCUGCAACCUGUGUGGAUUCAACCCCACGCCCCAUCUGGUUGAGAAGAAAGAAUGGCUUUGCUUGAACUGUCAGACUCAGAGGUUGAUGUCUGGUGGGCUGGGAGAUGCACCGCUCCCUAUGCCUCAGUCAUCUCCAAAACACCAACCAAUGGGAUCACCCAGACACCAACCACCAGCUCAGAGCCAGCAGCCAGCUAUCCAGAAAGCAACCAGUCAGCAGCAGACUGGGCCAAAGCAGCAGCAACAGAAACCUGUGGCUCAAGGAAGUGGACCUUCUGCUCCAGUGAAGCAGCCAGCAGAAACACAACAGGACAAGGGUCCCAUCCAUCCGGUGCCUGCAUCCAUCAGCGAGGCCCAGAGACAUCAGAGAACCACAGAGAAGGACAAGAUGGCACCAAAAAUGGAAAAGGAUGCUGAAACCAAAUCGGCACCAAAGAAGGGAGCACCAGAGCAAAUCACUGUGACGACAUCGGUGAAAGACAUUAAAAGAGUUGGCGAGUCUCAGAAGUCCAGACAUCAGGAUGAGACAAACAAGUCCAGCACACAAGACAUUUCCCGAAGCCCACAGAGCCUGAGUGACACUGGUUAUUCCUCAGAUGGGAUCUCCAGUUCCCACAGUGAGAUCACAGGGCUAAUCCAAGAAGAGGAGAUGAAGCUAAGUGAACGGGGGCUGAGUGAACACAGCCCCCCAAGCCCAUCAGAGAUCAUCAAAUUGGAGAGUUCCAUGCGUCCUCUGUUGGAGUCCAAAUCAAUUCCAGAUCAGGAGCAAGAGAGGGGGCGGGGGAGACAUUCACGUGACUCCAGGGAUAUUGAUGAUAAGAAACAGAGGCCUCGGUCCCUGUCCAUCACUCCAGAGGCAUUCGACUCAGAUGAGGAAUUAGAAGAUAUUCUGGAAGAGGAUGAAGACCCAGACUGGGAGAACCAGCGUAAUCUCAGGAAUAGUGUGGCAGAAUCAUCCGAUGAAUUCAACAGCAAGCUACGCCACGAUUAUGUGGAGGACAGCAGUGAAAAUGGGCAUUCCCUUUUACCAGGCAGGCAAAGAAAACAAGAGACAGAGAUGACAGAUGAGGAGUUUAUGAGGAGGCAGAUCUUGGAAAUGAGUGCAGAUGAGGAUAAUGAAGAGGAUGAUGAAGAUUACAGUUACCAAAAACCAAAAAAGAGCCAUAAGCACAGUGCAGAUUCAGGGAAAGAGAAGCAGCGCCGCCUCACUCAUCACUCCAGUAGCUUUGAAGAGGAAAGCAAAGGAGCUGAUGAUGCCUACCAAGGCCCAAGUGAAGAUGGUGAUGAAGAUCUGAUGGCUUCCCAAGGAGGCCUCCGUCGUUUCAAGACUAUUGAAUUGAACAAUACAAGCAGUUACAACCGUGACAUGGAGCUCAGCAAUGAAAAUGACCUUAGCUUGGACCGAGAACCAGAGCUGGAAAUGGAAAGUCUGACUGGCUCUCCUGAUGAGCGGUCAAGGGGGGAAUACUCUUCAACCCUUCCUGCGACAACUCCAAGUUACACUUCUGGUACUUCUCCCACUUCGGUAUCUUCCAUGGAGGAUGAUAGUGACAGCAGCCCUAGUCGUAGACAAAGGUUAGAAGAAGCUAAGCAACAGAGGAAAGCCCGGCAUCGUUCCCAUGGCCCACUUCUGCCAACAAUUGAGGAUUCAUCUGAAGAAGAUGAGUUAAGAGAGGAAGAGGAACUGCUGCGGGAACAGGAGAAGAUGCGAGAAGUUGAGCAGCAGAGGAUUCGGAGCACAGCCAGGAAAACUAAGAGAGACAAGGAGGAGCUGAGGGCACAGAGACGUAGAGAGAGAUCCAAAACUCCCCCCAGUAACCUCUCUCCCAUUGAAGAUGCAUCUCCCACAGAGGAGCUGAGACAGGCAGCAGAAAUGGAGGAACUUCACCGAUCCUCCUGCUCAGAAUAUUCACCUUCUAUUGAUUCUGAGGCUGAAGGUUUUGAAAUAUCUUCCAAGCUGUACAAGUCUGGAAGUGAGUACAACCUGCCAACAUUUAUGUCACUCUACUCCCCCACUGAGAAACCAAGCACCACCAGCUCUUCCUCAAGUAGCAAACCACUUAAAAGUGCUGAAGAGGUUUAUGAGGAAAUGAUGAGGAAGGCAGAGAUGUUACAAAAGCAGCAGGCACAACAUGUGAGACAUGGGCAGCAGUAUGAUGAUUCCUAUCAGCAAGAAGAAUUAAGGAAUGGACAGCAGCAACAAUAUGAGGAAGAUUAUGACUAUAAUAACCAGGAGGAGACUGGCUAUGAAAACAAUUCAGCAGAGACCGAUAACAUCUAUGAGGAAAUUCGUCAGACGUCCCAAAGCAUUACCAAAAUGCAUCAGUCUUCCACUCAUGACUUGGAAGAACAGCCCGAUGAUCAGAUUGAAAUAGAUGAGUCUUACACAGACAAGCAGCUUUUGGAUACAGGGUCAGCUUUUGCUAAAUUACUAGAACAAAACAAUGCUCUCCUUACGCCUGGGACAAGUCCAACUCAGCUGUCAGCACCAGUUUCAUUUGCUUCCACAAGUAAUGAGCCCAGCAUAACUGGAGGGAGGGGAAUUCCUGAUGUCCGAGUGACACAACAUUUUUCCAAAGAAGGGCAGAAAGACAGAAUUAAAAGUCAAACCACAAAAAAUGGAGUUGCUCCUGUCAUAGCUACCACCAUAGCAGCUUAUGGAGUUUAUUCUAGAGAUGCUGUGACUGUUACCCAGUCAAUUGUCACCCAGACUAUAACUACAACCCAGUCACCAAUGUACACCCGGCAAGCAGGAGCUGGUUCAAACGUUUCCAGUAGAAUAGCAGAGAUUACUCAGACUUACAGUCAGAGGGAUGUUACUGGGAGGAGAGCUACAGAGAGCAGGAGCAUUCAAGUCAGAGAAAAUGUACAAGUGGCAGCAUCAGAGCCUGAAUCUGAAUCCCUUACAUCCAAGGUCUUUACUUAUUUCAAAGGAACAAGCCCUCCUCUUUCCCCCACCACAUCUCCUAUACAGAGUCCUAAACGAUCUCCAGCCAGAAAAACCACGAUUGAGUUUGCCACACAAACCCUCAAUACUGCUAUGUCAGUAUCACCUUCCGGCUCUGAUACUACAUCCCCAGUAAUGGCUCAAGGAACCCAGACACCUCACAGAAUUGUUUCACCCCGCCUCUCCAGACAACAGUCCUCUCAGGAUUCACCUUUUAUGAUGAUAACAUUAGGGUCUGAGCCUACAAGCCCUGCUAAGCCGAUAACAGUCAACUCCUCAACCUCUCCUCUGUCUUCACCAACCAGAUUGAGCCGUCAGCCAACCUUUGACACGUACAGUCCUACAUCAAGUUCCCCACCCUCCCCAACCCAAGAUUCUUCACCACAUGUUUUAUAUAAGACAAAGAUUGUGGAAAGGGUUAGUGUGGGCACUAGCAUGGUGACCACUGCAAGUACCUGCAGCCAUGGAUCAUUGUCCAUGGAAAAUAUUUCCCUUUGUAGAAUCUCCACUGUUCCCGGUACAUCCAGAGUUGAACAAGGCCAAAUGAUGUCAAGCAGCAGUUUGGUUGAUCUGAGGACAGCAACAAAGCCAGCCCCAAUUAUAAUGACAGAUCAUGGUAUGGAUUUGACAUCUUUAGCAACAGAGGCACGAAAGUACUCUGGUGAUGCCGAGGGAAGCCCCAGUCGUUAUUCCACUGCUGUUCAGCCACUCGUUAUGAAUCUGAAUUCCCAGGAACAUCCACAUGUGGCUGUGACUACAGUAAGCAUCACUGUUGCAGCUUCCAUGUUCAUAUCGCAGCCAAAACAACCUGUAGUUUAUGGUGAUCCAAUGCAGAACAGAGUUGACCUUGGCCAGGGAGUAGGAUCAGCAGUAUGCCUGACACAGAACAAACCAGCACCAAUUGACCCAUCCAUUCCAAAGAUAGAUGCUAAGCUGGAGGACUUGAGCAUUCAGCAGCAGCAACUACAGAAGCAGCAACAAAAGUUGCAAGAACAGCAGCAGCUGCUAGAACAGCAGCUGCAGCAGCAUCACCAACAGCAACAGCAGCUUCAGCAACAGCAAGCAGCUUCUUUUGCCAGGUACAAUUUAGUGAACCAGGUCCAGCCCUUGCUGAAAAAAGAUUUGCUUGUGAGUCAGACAAGCAAUGCCCAGGCUGUAGUCAGUGCUAUCCCCAGAGUGUCCCCUCUCCCUGAUCCAGCUGCACAGAGUGCACUCUCCCCUGCUCUGUCUCAUGAAAUGUAUGGUGCAAGUGGUCUUCCAUUGGAACUUAAGAGUAAACCUCCAAUCACAAAUCUGUCUGCAGUCAAACCCCAAGUGAUGUUGGUCCAGAUGGACACAGUCGCACAUGGAGCACCAGUGUCCCAGCUGGUUAAACCAGAAGAGCCACAAGAUGCCAUGGACCUGACUGGGCAGAUAAAAACUGACAAACAGGUGGCCUGUUGUGAUGUGGUGUAUAGACUACCUUUUGGUGGUAGCUGUGCAGGACGCCCUUUCACUCAAAAGCCUAAAGUGGAAGAAAAGAUACACGCAGCAGAACCUUUGCAAAGCAACCGCCCUCCUUCUGCACCUCCUCAGUUCUAUGGAAGCCAGCCACAAGAGCCUGGACAAGAAAGCUACCCAUAUCAAGAGCCAGGAGUUGUGAGUCACAACAUAAUUGAAGAGCGUAAACCCUACCAAACGCCCCUUUCUGGAAGGCUGCAGCCAUCCAUGUCAGAUAGUAAUCUAGCAGAUGCUGGUCUUCACUUCUAUCAGACAAAGAAUGACCCUAGUCUAUAUGGCUCUGGAGACCUGGCUAUGGAUCUGAGCACCAUGAAGCAAGCCUAUGAUGGAAGUUAUCUUAGCAUGGGAAUGCAAUAUGGGUCCUAUACAGAUUUACGGUUUCAGGGGGAUGUCAUGAGUCAGCCUUUACCAAUCCGAAGGUACAGCUCAAUGUCAAACAUUAGUACAGAUUAUGGCUAUUCAUCUCGAGACCUUUCCACUUUCCAAGAAUCCAACUUAGCCCACUAUAGUGCUACCACUGCUAGGGAAAUCAGUAGGAUGUGUGCAGCUCUGAACUCAAUGGAGCAGUUUGGGGGACGAUAUAGCAACACCCCAGAUAUACAGUAUGGCUCUGCCAGGGGAGCUGGUCCAGCAGGAAGGCUUAAUUUACAACAGGGGUUAACAUCAAUGAAAGCUAACCUCAUGUAUGGCCCUGAUGGCCAGCAACUUUCCCCUGGUCAAGCAUAUACUAAUUUAGUCAAUGCUAGACAAGCAACGCUACGGGCAAUGUAUCCCUCUGCAGUAAGAGCUGCUGAUGGUAUGAUCUAUUCCACCAUUAAUACCCCAAUAGCCUCUACCUUGCCAAUCACUACUCAGCCUGCCUCUGUCUUGCGACCCAUGCUGAGGGGUGUUUAUAGACCUUAUCUUACAGGUAAUAUGACUCCGGUACCUUUGGCGAGCCUCACCAGGAUGCCUCUUGUCUCUCAAAGGAUGCCGCUAUCCUCACAGGGGCCUUACCGCUUUCCUCCUCCGAACCGCUUUCCAACAGCCUCUGUUCCUGCCUCUAGUGCAUCUGCCUCUACCACAACUAUAGACACACCUGUUUACCUUGGAAAGCCCUCUGUGACCACUACAAUGCCUGUUACUACUGCUUCUCUACCAUCAGCUAAUACUACAGUGGUGCCUCUUCCAUCACCAGUUAUUGUGCCUACAAACCAACAACAACCCCAAUCUCAUUUUCCAAUGCAACUAACCCAGCCCCAGCAGCCAAAUGCCCAGGCCCAGGCCCCACUACAGCCUCCCGCUCAAUCUCAAGUGCAGCCACAAGUACAGGCUCAGAUACCACCACAAACUCAGCCCCAAGCAUACACUCAAAUUUCACCACAAGCUCAGCCCCAAAUUCAACCCCAGGCUCAUAACCUUGUUCAACCUCUAGUUCAUCCACAUAUGCAAGUCCAAGCUCAGCUUCAGAUGCAGCCUCAAGCCCAUUCUCAAAUGCAAGUCCAACCUCAGCCCCAAAUUCAGUCUCAGAUAUCCCUGACUCAAGCCCAGCCUCAGGCUGCAUUUGCCCCUGCAAUCAGCAUGGUUGCCAGCAGCAGCGGCCCAGAGAAGGACAGGGAAGAAGAGAGACUGCGCCGACAGCAAGAGCAACAACUGCAGUUGGAACGAGAAUGUGUGGAGCUGGAGAAACUACGACAAAUGCGCUUGCAGGAAGAAUUGGAGAGAGAGCGUUUUGAUCUUCAGCGACACAGAGAAAAAGAACAAAUGUUAGUACAGCGUGAAAUCCAGGAGCUGCAGUCCAUCAAACAGCAAGUCUUGCAGCAGCAACAGACUGAGAGAGAGAAUCAGCUGGUCAUGCAGAGGGAACAAUUAGCUCAACAGAAAAUGCAGCUAGACCAGAUACAGUCACUGCAGCAGCAGCUCCAACAACAGCUUGAAGAACAGAAAAGGCAGAAAACUGCUGCUGCAGCUGCAGCAACAGCGUCAGCAUCUGGCCCUACAGCUACAAAUGGUCAUGGUGCAACACAGGGUGUAGCUGGGGUGGCAGGGGCAGCCCCUCAGGGAUACUCUGUGGUCUGUGACCAAACUGGAAGGGUAAUUCAACAUGUUCCAUCUGAAUUUCAGCGGACAGUGGAUCAGACUGGUCAGACUUGGCAACCUUACAUAGAAGGGCAGACAUCAAGGGUUUUGCCCAGCUCUGCCUCAGAUAUAUCACUGAGGAACAAGGAGGAGCAUGUAGAGACAAGGUCCAUGAAGAAGCGAAGCUCAAUGCCUCGUUUGAGGGAUGGGGUAGACGGAGAGGAGAACCAGCCCAUGGUGAAGAGGAUUGUUGACAGCAGUGUUCAGACUGAUGACGAAGAUGGUGAAGAAAGAUUCAUGAUAUCACGGCGAAGGAGAACCAGACGUAGUGUGGACUGCAGUGUUCAGACUGAUGAUGAAGACAAAGCGGAGUGGGAGCAGCCAGUAAGGCGCAGACGGUCACGUUUUACAAAGCACUCUGAUACCAAUGUCGAGAGCAAAGUUGACACAUCAAAGGUUUCCUCCUCAAGUAUUGCAGUCCAGACCAAUCGUGAUUGUUCAGCACAGACUGAAUCUGAGCAGUUAGGGAGGGUCUCUCCUGCUAUUCACAUCACCACAUCUGAUCCGAAAGUACAGAUUGUGCAUUAUAUUUCAGCCCCUGAGAGGACCCAGAAAGGGGAAAGCCUUGGCUGUCAGACUGAAAUAGAGGCUCAGUCCCAAGGAAUGGUCAUUCCUCAGCUGAAUGUGCCCACCACCAUAGGUCCUUACUCCACUAGUAUACAGCUUGUUACUGAUCCUCGACAGCAAGGGAUGGCCAAGUUUGAGAGAAGGAAGCCUGAUCCUCUUGAGAUCAGCUACCAGUCUCACCAUCUGCACAAUGAGUCACUCUCCAGCUUCGUACGCCAAACUCCUAAGUCACCCCAGGUGCUUCACUCUCCUGUCUCCCCUCUUUCCCCUCAUCGCCUAAUGGAGACCUCAUUCUCCUCUAGUGAACGCCUCAAUAAAGCUCAUGUCACACCACAGAAGCACUUCACAGUAGAGUCUUCCCACCGUCAACAGACAUUGCCCCGACCUAUCAAGAAUGUACAACGAUCGAUGUCUGAUCCAAAGCCACUCAGCCCAAGUUCAGAAGAUCCAGUUAAGGCUAGGUUUGCCUUGUAUCAACAACAAGUUCUUCAAAGCCAGCUUGCAGCUCUGCAGCACAGUUCACUGAUGCGGAAAGUAAAGAGGACUCUGCCCAGUCCACCCCCAGAGGAAACCAACCUUCCUAUGAUUAGUCCUGCCUUUCCUCAGAUGUACGGCUGCCCCACUAUGCCUCAUAAGAUGGUAUCCAGGCCAAUGCUCGCCACAAAAGCCAGUCUCCUGAAGGACAUCACUCAUGAGCUGAAGGUGGUAGAGCAAGAGUCCACCAAGCUGCGCAAGCAGCAAGCAGAGUUGGAGGAAGAAGAGAAGGAGAUUGAUGCCAAGUUGCGGUAUUUAGAGCUGGGCAUCAACCAACGCAAGGAGACCCUGUUGAAGGAGAGGGAGCGGAGAGAGCUAGCCUAUAUCCGGUGCAUGGGAGACUCGAGAGACUACAUGUCAGACAGUGAGCUUAACAACUUGCGGUUAGCCGCAGCCUUUGAGAGCAAUGGCUUGCUCACAAGACCAAGCACAGCGCCAUUGAGCCAGUAUUCUACUGAUCAAUUGAGCACAGCUCAGUAUCCUCCCACCUCCUCCUUUGUCGCUUACCAGUACCCACAAAGCCAACCCACACCACAGGUGCCUGCUCCCUCUCCCUAUCAGCAAACAGGAUUUCAGCCCCCUCCAUAUCCAACAAUCGCACAAACUCACCUUCAACCGAGUGCCUUGCAGCCCCAACCUCCCCCUCCAACCUACCAGGCACAAACCACUUACCCACCUCAUAGCUUCCCUCAAAGUCAGCCCCCCUAUCCAGUGGACUUGGGAGUGCAGCCGAGCCUCCCUGGGUUCCAGCCGCCCCCUGGUCCAACCCCCUACCCAACACAUUCCCUGCCAUAUCCAACCCAACCUUCCUUCCCAACAGGCCCAAGCAUGCCUUUCCAGCCAAUGGCAGAGAUCCUUACUGUUCACCAGAGGCCACGGCAAACCUCCUUGGCUGAUUUAGAGCAGAAGAUGCCUACUAACUAUGAAGUCAUCAGUACUCCUACUGUGGUAGUGACUACCACAGCUCAAGAUAAUACUUACACCUCCACAGCUGUGGCUAAUCCUUAUGGACAAUAUACCACGACGGUAGCUAAUACAUAUGGACAGUACAACACGACUGUUCCCAGCACUUAUGGACAGUACACUACAUCUGUUGCCAGUACUUAUGGACAGUAUAAACCUCCAGAGACAACCUUGUCUGACCGGAUUCACUCCGCAGAUAGUCCAUCCUCCGCCUAUACCUCAGAUGGCCUCUAUUCUAAUCUCGAGCAGAACAUCCCACGAAAUUAUGUCAUGAUAGAUGACAUCAGUGAGCUGACAAAAGACAACAUGGGCACUUCCUCAGAUAUGCACAAGACUGACACCCACGGACACCCUGCCAGCGGACGCUACGGGAGUGAGACCGGCCCUGCGAGAGUGAGUUCCUAUGGCAGGACCGAGGAGGAGUCCGAGGAAGACCUUUACGACCAUCAUGGCAGGGGUAAGAGCACCAGCAGCUACCACCAGCGAGGUUCAGACAGUCAUGGCCGAAUGGGCAGCAGCAGCAGUAGCAUGGGUGGGGGAUCCUCCUAUUACUAUGAUGACUACAAACAUUCCACACGUGCAGACAAAUAUGGCUCCAGCAUGGGAGUCCAGAAGCAUUCCUCCAAAAGUCUGGGCCCGGCUGUUGUGUCCUCAAAACGGAGUAAACACAGGAAGCAAGGCAUGGAACAGAAGAUCUCCAAGUUUUCCCCCAUUGAAGAGGCUAAAGAUGUGGAGUCUGACCUAGCCUCCUAUACCAUAACCACAUCAUCUGGUGGUAGCUGCACUGUAGUAUCUAGGGCUAAGAAGAUGCAGGAUGACAUUGCAUAUGGAUUGAAGAAAAAUGUCUACGAUCAACAAAAGUAUUACGGCAUGUCUAGUCGUGAGGCCUUGGAGGAGGAUGACCGCAUGUACAACUCUGGAAGGUCCAGGUCGACAGGCUACGGGAUGGACAAGAUCUCAUCAAGAGAUUCGGGUGGCCAUAGGAGCAAGUCGUAUGAGAGAGACACUAUGGAUCGCUCCCAGAGGGGCAGUUACAGUCGUGGCAGGCCUUCGAUGCGCUCCCAAUAUUCAGAGGAGGAGAGCCCGCUCAGCCCCGUGGGGAAGCCCAUGGGUGUUGGGCGAGGCUCUAUAGGGCCAGAGCCUCCUGACAGUCGCAAUCAGUAUGGCUCUAGCCACUCCUUGCCUGAUGUGCAGGACCACAUGAAAGACCUGCCAAGAAGCCACGUCUACAAACCUGACGAUUCUUACAUUAUAGAUGAUAUGCAUUGUGCUGUGUCUGACAGUGAAGCCUAUCAUUUGGGACAGGAAGAGACAGACUGGUUUGAGAAGCCGAGGGAAGCCCGUUCGGAUAGGUCCAGGCACUAUGGAAGCAGUGGCCAUUCUUCCUCACAGAGGAGGAGCCAUGUCAAGCACACAUACCAUGACUAUGAUGAGCCCCCAGAAGAGGACCUUUGGCCACAGGAUGACUACAGUCACUCGCGCCAUUCUUCUUCCCGGGACCACAGACACCAUGGUAGCUCUGGGAGACACUCGUCCUCAUCCCGCCACUCCUCAGAAGAUCCCAGGUCCUCCAGGUCUUCUAGAGGACAUCCCAAAGAGACCUCUAUGCGCCAUGAUACACGGGGAAUAUCAUCCUCUGGAAAGAGAGGGACCUCUGACUCCCGGUCUUCACAGGGCUACCAUGGCUCAGAUUACUCUCGUGACCCCUCCAGCCACCACCACAGCUCAAGCAGCCAGAGGGGGCAGAAGCAGCAGUCGUCCUCCAGCCACCACCAGCAGACGUCCUCUAGGAAGCAACAGGACUUACAGUCCCAUCCGCCCUCGUCGAGGCAGCAGGGGUCCAGUCAGCAGCAGCAGCGAUCGUCUGGGGGGCCACCAUCAGGGAGGCAGUCUGCAUCACAGGUGCAGGAGGGCAUGCAGCAGCAGGGGCAGCAGGGCCAGCAGCCACGCACCCAGCAGCAGCAGCAGGCCCAGGCCUCAGCAGCAAGGCAAUCACAGCCACAGCCAACAGGGACAGCGCAGCCACAGCCAGUGCAAGCCCAGCAACUGCAGGCUAAGCCUGGACAAACCCAGGUUCGACAGCCACAGGCAACCACUCAGCCUGCCACUGCGGUAAAGACAGACACGACCCUUGCUCCUGGUAUGGCUGCCAAGCCAGCAGCGGCACAGCCUGCAAAAACACCUCAGCCCCCUCUGACUGGAAUAGGCUCAAAAGCAGCCCCCAGACCUGGAGGGAUCGGGAGCGCAGCAGCGGGACAACCAGCUGCUGAAGGGGAGAGUGUCCUCUCCAAAAUCCUGCCAGGAGGUGCGGCCGAACAGGCGGGGAAACUGGGAGAAGCUGUCUCUGCUUUCGGCAAGAAAUUCACUUCCUUCUGGUGAGCUGUGGCGCAGAGGGACAUUCUGGAGUAGUUGUUGUGAACAUCAAGAGGCUCUGUACUGGAAAAACCUAUGAACUUUCCCCCAAUUAUAUGUUUUAUUUGAGAGAGAGUGGAGCUCUGGGCACACUGUUCAGCCAAGCAGAACUGGAAUCAAUGGAUGCCUUAUCAGAGCUAGAGAUCCAAGGCCAGAAUACAUGAUGGACGUGAGACCGUCACUGCUUCAGCAAGCAGGUCAUGCUGUGAGACUGGAAUAAAGAGGCAAAUCUCUGGACUAAAUAUCAUCAUUCAACAUAAACCUCUCCCUUUCUUCACGCCUGCCAGUGGAUCAAACAUAGCAUGUUUUGAUUGGCCAUGAGGACCAUUUACACACUGGUGUGGAUAUACCCUCACAAUUGAAAACCCCUGGUCCAUAUGAGAGAGGAUUAUACAUGUAUUGUUGAGCUGACCAGCGCAUUGACCAUCUCCCCAGCUAAGUUCAGAGACCCUGACCCUUAACCCCUAGAUGGUUAUGGAUAGCCCAGAAGACAUGCAUCUGAAGGUGAAACCUGCUCUGAAAAACCAGUCUCUGAUGCCCUAGUCAGGCAGCUCGCUCAAACAGCCAGUUGGAGUUACAAAAAAGGAAUGAGGCAAGCACUUGGAUGCUGAAAAUGCAGAGUGUUUUGUGAAUCCUCCAUCCAAAUGGAAUCUAAUCUGCCAGUCUGUUUGGCUUUUCUUGCUAUGUGGCGAUACCUCACUGGAAGCACAUAACAACCUGAGAGAAGGGACUCAGCAGAUCAGGAUCCUUGAUUCCAAAUGCAUGUGCUCAGAUGACUAACCACAAUCUCUUCUUAUUCUGGGAAAAGUUUAAAAGAAAAAAAGAAGCUUCAUAGGUUUUUCUUGUACUAAAAGACCUUUUCAUUUUUAGUUGAGGGCAUUUAGGAGGGAGAAAAGAAAUGAAGAUUUAAAAAUGAUAACAAAAAUAUCUAUUAUAUGCUCUCUUUUUAUUAUCUUUACAUUCCAGUAUGGAAAUUCCCCUUUUUUUGAAUGCAGAACUGUUUUUGUGUCCAGAAGCGUAAUGUGGAUUUAGGAUUUGGAGUGCAUGUAACUUUAUUUCCAAGACCUAACACUGUUCAUCAUGUAAAUCAAGGAGGCCAUAAGACCGUGGAGGUGAAAAUAUGUAUGAAGGAAUAAAAAAAUAAAAAAUAUGGCCACGCAACUGAGGACUUACUCGUCUGAAAACAGAAGAAGACAGAAUGCAGCAUGGCCAGAUUUUUCUAUUAGCCAUUACUAAGCCAUUACAAAAUCAUUCCAAAACCUUGGGCUUUUAGUGUUUCUAAUUUUCUUAUAUUACCUUUUUUUGUCUUAUUUAUGCAUUUAUUUUCUAUGUUUGCCUGAUUUUCUUUCACAAAUGAAACACCACGCCUUAAUCGUUAUGUUUUUUUAUACCACCUUUAUUUUUAUUUUUCUAAUCCAUAUUAUUUCAACUUCAUUUUUUUGUACAAGGUAUACCAUAUGCAUAUUAUUAUUUCACCAGGAAUACAAAUAUUAUUUCUUUAUAUUUUUGUUUAAUAAUUUGUUUAAUAAUUAUUUUAUUAUUUGUUUUACCAUUGUCUUCAUGCACAUUAUUAUCAUCAUUUAAUUUAUUAGCAACAUUUAUAUUUUCCUUAAAAGAAGCAAUAGCAUGCAGAAGGCAGUCAGUCAAGAGCACAAUUGGGCAUUGUUUUGGAAUAAGGGGCCAGGAAUGUGUUGCCUCUGUCAUUAACUGAACUGUGCAAAGUCCUACUACUGCCCUGAAGGGCAUGCUCCAUCCACAGGCCCUAUCCUGACACACUGCAACAAAACAGAGAGGUACUGAAUAUGGCGGGUCGUUUUGAUUUUUAUGUUGCUAUACAGCUUUUCAGGAUUUUCGAAACAAAACUACCAAUGCAAAAUUUUCAAGUGAAAGAAAUAUUCUACUGAAAGGAGGGUGAGAACAAAAAAAAACCACAACGAAUAAAGAGAGAACUAGGCUAGACCAUAUAGGUAAAUAGUCUUUAUUUGUAGAAGAAAAUAUAUCCUUGAACUGUAUACAUUAUUUUAAUGAACCUAGUCUUCCUUUGUGUAAGACAUGUCAAUAUUGGUUUAUUAUUUUAACGAAAAACAAAGUUUUCUGGAAAUUAUAUUUUUAAAACUAAUUUGCGAGGGGUUGUUGGGUAGCUUAUCCUGUUAAGGCACUGUUAAAGAGCAUGGUUGGUCUGAUGUCAUAUCUGGACUGUACCAGGGCUGUAGUGUCACCCAGCAAGAUGAAUAUGGUUGUCUGGGAUGAUUGUGUCUCUUGACUCAAAUAGUAACCCCCCCUCAUGUCAGUUGUGCACCCACAGUCUGCCUGUACACACUGCUUGUCUUCCUGCGACUCAUGUCUGUAUAUGGUCAACUUUUGAACUGCAGUGUGAAAAGAAGCAACAUCUUGACAUCACAUUUCGGAUGAAAGCAUGUGAUUGUCUGCACUCUCUUGAAUCGAUAGCAGAUGUUGCGAUGCACAUGGCUGGAAAAAACAAUUGGACAAGGGAUAAAAAAUCAUCAAAUAAAAUGAAAUUUCUAAAGUAAAAUGACAGUGAGUCGCAAAAAUCACUAUUUCAGUUAUAUUUGGAGCUAAGCACAAUACUGAACGUAUGCCAUUCCUGGAAUGAGAGCUGAAGUCCUUGUGAUUGCUCAGGAGUGGCAGUGGCACAGAAUAAAUUAUUUCAAUUGCAGAAAUCACAGAAAUCUCUCAGGUCAGGUUAAUUCCUGCUGUAUUGUUGCAGUGUUGUGGAUAUCCUGCCCGGCGUUCCCUAAAUCUGAUGUAUAUUGUCUAUCUGUGAUUGCUGAGAAUUUAGCAUGCUCUGGCAAAACCUCAUGUCACCAGUGUAUUGUUGUGUUUCCUUUGUGUGUGCUUCCAAUCAUCCAAAAACAAAACAAAACGAAGUCGAAAUUGGGUGGAUGAAAUAAAUUUUCCAUUUCAAAUGUUCUAUGCAAUGAUUCAUAUUUGAAAAGAUAAAGAGAAAAAAAAAUUAAUACCACAGUUAAUGUAAUGUCUAAAAAAUAAUACUGCAAAAUUGUGUUCCCGAUUAAUGAAAAUGGAUAGACUCAUUUGUAUUUAGCUACUUGUAUGUAUGGAAUUGAAUUAUUGAAUUUGAUUUCUUCUCUUAGUGGCAUGUUCAAGCCCCCAUCACUCCCUAAUGUGGGACCCAUUGCCAAAGGGUUAACUAUGUAGACUGUCAUAAAUGUCCUUCAUCUUGUAGCUUCAAGCAUGGGUUGCUAGGUACAGUAAGACUUCUUGCACGCCCUCAUUCAGUUUGUGUUUGCAGGGUAAUUUGUGCUCUCCGGUACUUGGCUGCCAGUUUAUGCACUUGUUAUUCAAUGAAAAAACUUGAGCUGCUGAAGACAUUACAGGGAAAUAAGAAUUAUAAAAGCCAACCAACCAUUAUAAUUACUCAUCAAAAUGUAACAAAGCUAAUAUUUUCAUAAUUAGCCAUACUUCUUUGAACAAUCUUUGGGCAAUUUCCACAAUAUAUCCCUCACAUACUUCUGCAUCCUCUAUUACAGUAGAGGAAGUGUUUUAUCUCCCAGUCAUGUGUCAUAUACCACACAUAAACAUUUGGGAUGUGAGUGAAAUUGUGCUUGUUGGUACUGCUUUGAUUUUGUAUGGCCUAAUAGGAUUCUCCUAGACUUACAUACAGGAUCUACCAUUUGGCUAAGGCUAUAUUAUAUCCCUGUAAGUCUGAACAAUAACAAUGUUACAUUUUUGUUAUCUGGUGAGAAAAAAAAUCAUUUAAUGCAAUCAUUGGAAAGUAACCUUGUGUUAGUGUUCACAGAGUGUUGAAAUGGAAUGUUGAUCACAGUUUGAAAAUUAAAUCAGUACCAGAAACCCCCAUCAUUUCACAUAUGUUUGAUGAGUGAAUGCACUCCAUAACAGAAAUUCUGUUGUUCAGAAAAGUACAUUAAUCAAGCCAGCAAAUGUGUUUUAUGUAGUCUUUAGCUGCUAUUUGUUUCUCUUGUUAAAUAGCAAGGGUAUAUUUAUUUGUAUUCACAGUCAUUAGCAUUGGAAAAAAAAUUAUUUGAGCAGCCACAUAUAGUAAAGUAUGAAUUUCAAAUGCUGAUGCCUUGGAAUUGAUAUCCCUUAUGUUUAAACCAGUAAUCUUAUUCACAAUGCUAUGUUUGCCUUCAAAGCCUCAUUUACAUGUGAUUUCUAUUAAUAUUGUUACCGAGUUUUGUACCAUAUAUUUGGCAUAUUUUUAUACAGCAACUGUACAACAGCAUCAAUACAUCACUAUUAUUUCUGUUAAAGCAAAGAUAAAUGUUGCAAUACAAAAUGUAUUCUCUUUAGCUGAACCUCAGAAAUACAAAAAACUGAUUGAAUGUUACGUAUAGUCAAGGUUUAUCCCCAACCUUUUGGCAAAACAGCCAAAUCUACCAAUUCACCUCCUGGAUAGUAUGACGUCCCUCUGAGAUCAGUGCUUAAAUACAUGUAUUUAAUUAUAGGCAGGGGCUACCUUUAGAAUUUGCAAGUCUGGUAUGUUUUGAAUCUGAACGUACCACCAACUGGUUUCAGGAUGGAACAUUGAUCAUAAGAUUACUGAAUUAGUUUUCCAAGACACAUUUUCCAUGUGUAAUUUCCGUUUUUGUGUUCUUACUGCAUAACCUUAUCUAUCUCUGGGUUAGUACUGUACAUACCCUAGAGUUUCCAUUCAAUGUGACUAUGCAAUCUUUAAGUGAAUGUGGAGGAAAACAUCCAUCGUGAAGUAAAACAUCCAUCAUGUCUGAGAGAUAAUACAUUUGGUUUGACAGAGUACAUUCUUCAUUCAAAAAAUAAAAUGACUGCUGAUGUGACUUGGAUGACCGUUGUUUAACAAAGGUGUUCAAAGAAGGAAUACAAAUGUGCAAUUUCCAUUAAGUGGGUUUGUUAUGAAUCCCCUGCAUUAUUAUAGUCUUGUACAGAAAGUACAUACAAGACCAAUCACUUAUUUGUAAUGUGAACAUCCCUUACCUCAUAAUUCAUCCUGUAUUGCUAACACUAUUUUCUAUAUGUAGACAUCUAUAUAAAGAGGAAGAUAUUUUUAAGAUAUAAAUCAAUAGUAUAACUAUAUAUGUAUAUUUAAAAUUAAUAAAAUAAAGUCUAUGUGGUACAGUAGUGUAUCUCUAUGGAAAUAAAUAUAUACAGGAAGAAAAGAUAUUUUAUUUAUGUGGCUGUGCAAUAUACAAUUCUUGCCCCACAGAAUGUGCAAACUGGUGACUUUUGCACCUUUAUAGUCUAUAAGUUCAAGCAGGAAAUGUCUGGUCUGGCUUGUCAACAGCCCCAGGUCUGUCAGCACAGGAAACUAAACAGAUGUGCAGGUUACCUCAGGAGGUGAUAUCAUAGUCCAUAGAUGGCCACUCAGCCAAUAAAAACCCUUGACACUUAUAACAUAUGAGAUGGGAAAUGGAAUUCUGAAAACAAAAACAAUAUUAAUCACCUGUGAUACAAAUCAAUGUUUUGUCUGAAGGACAAUUGUAUUGUCAUUUUGCCUCAGGAAAGCACAUUUUAAAAAUCCACCACAGCAGGUUGACAGGAUUUUAUGCAUUAUAGUAAGGGCUUUAUAACAAACUGGUUAAUUAUGAAAGCCAUUUGAUCAUUUUCCCAUUCAGUCCUACAUCUAUUUUGGAUUGUAUGGGUUUUUGAUGACAGCAUUUGUCGAGAUACGCACCCGUGUCUUUAUAUGCCAACCAAAUAUGUGCUUUUAAUUAGCAUAUUCACUGUCUGAACUGUGACAAUUACCUUUCCCUGUUGCUUGCUCUGGGGUGGUUAUGCAUACUGAAUCACAGAUAAAGGUGAAGAUACAGAUAAAAGCAAUGCCUACAAAUAUUGUUCCUCACAUAGACCACCGUCAGGGAACCAUAUUAUCUUUCCACUUAAUAACAAGUGCAUGACCAAAAGCAGCCGCCAGCUCUUCAGCCCUUUAUUGAGAAUGACAGGCAGCCAUCUUCACUGUAAAUAACAAAUAUGACUGAAAAAAAUCUGUACAGUGUGUAAAUCUCAAUUGUAAAAUGAUCACCGGCAUGGGGAGUCUUAUGUGUCGCACAGUGGCUGACCUGCCAAUUUGUGCUUUUGUGAAUAAAAUAAAUCAACGAAAAGCAGCAUUGUGUAUGUGGCUGGCUUGUACGGACUGUUGAAAACAAAUUGUAUUCAGAAACAUACUGGUCUGUGUAGAGUUUCUAUACAUGUUGUGUUUGUAAAAUGAGAAAACGUCCUUCAAAAAAGUAAUCCUGGCUUCCAUGUAAUUUCUGGAAUGGUUGGAGGUGGAUGUAGAUCUGUAAAAAAAUAAUAAUAAUACAAAUAAAACGCAACAAAAAAAUUAAAAACCUUGACAAUUAAAAAAGUGCAUUCACAGUUGUAAGUGCAAUGAGCUGAACUUCAUGUAUCCAUUGUAAAACCUUGUGUAUGUUUCAGUGUAUUCCUGUUAACAGUUGUAGUAAACUUGGUGCAUCAUGUCAUGUAAUGUGAUAAAUUAUGACCUGACAAGACAUUUCCAUCAGGAAAAGAAUAAAGAAAAUUAAACAUA